UGAUAGCGGAAGAAAUCGCAUCAAAAUUGAAAUUUCAUCUUCCGCUCUUUCUUUCUCAGCUCUCAUUCCGAUCCCCAGAAAAUUCAGUUUGCAAAGCAAACCAAAAUCAGAAAUGGAAGAAGAAAAGGCGGUAGCUUACUACGACGAGCUUACGCGGAAAGGCGAAGGAGCCGCCAGAUUCAAACGAGGCCUCGGCUUCUCCUCCAACGAUGAUCAACACGACGCGGUUCCGCAAAGAAGCUCAGCUUUUGUCUCUUCGUCUUCGUCUUCGUCCUUCCUCAGCAGCUUCGUUAGGGCCUCAAGCCCUGCCACCGCUUCCAAGCUCGAGAAAGAAUCUCAACUUCAAUCCAUUCAAAAUAAGCUAAAGAAGAAGCCGGAAAGAGAAGCUAGGGUCUCGGAGAGAAGCAGCGGGGAGAGGGAGAGGGAGAGAGACAGAGGCAAGGAUAGGCAUUCGAGGCGGCGAAGUAGAAGCAGAAGUAGGAGUAGAGAGAGAUACAGAGAAAGAGAUAGAGAGAGAAGGAGGCGGAGAAGCAGGAGUAGGUCGCCACGUAGAGAUCGGAGGAGGAGUAGGAGUAGGUCGCCGCGUCGAGAUCGAAGUUCUGGGAGGAGGAGGAGCAGGAGUUUGUCUCCCCGAGAGCGGAGGAGGUCAGAGAGGGAUGGGGAGAGAGUGGGGAAUUCGAAGAAGGAAAGAAAUGGCGCUGUUGAUUAUUCGCAGUUGAUUGAGGGCUAUGAUAAGAUGUCACCAGCUGAAAGAGUUAAAGCCAAGAUGAAACUUCAGCUUGCUGAAACAGCUGAAAAGGAUCCUGCAAAAGGCCCUGGUUGGGAACGGUUUGAGUUUGACAGGGAUGCCCCUCUUGAUGAUGAGGAAAUUGAAGUUGCUGAAGACGAUGCAGCACUAGUCAAGCAUAUUGGUCAAAGCUUUCGGUUUUCUGCCAUCAAGGCAAGAAGGGAGGAGCAAAUUAAAGCUGCUCAUGAUGAGGCCAUUUUUGGGGCAUCAACAGUUUCUCUUUCCAUUACUGCAGACAGUGAACCGGAGGAGGAAAAACAUAAAAAAAAUAGCAAUGAUAAUGGUCUGGCUAUUAGCCUCUUAAGUGAGAAGGUGCUUGCAAAGCAACCAGGUUCAUGGCGUGAUCGUGUUCGUAAGGCAUAGAGGGAUUGGCAAACUGAUGUGCAGUCUUUGACUCAAUGACCCUGGAUAUUGUCAGGGACAGCUGCUGGUAAAUGGUAAUCAUUCUGAUGUUAACAUGGGAGCAGCCAAUGGGGGAGUCAAUGGUAAAAUUCGUACAGCGAUAAAAAAUUAUUUCCCAAACUCAUCCAGUUUUGAGCGUAUUUCUUAAAUCUAUAUGCUUUUUGCCACAUUAAUAUUAGAAAUGUUGUUUCAAAUCAUGCUUUGACUGAAAUUGUGUUUUAAAAGCAUCCUGGAAAAUUAGACUCACUUUUUUUUUCUUUAUCAAAAAUUGUGUCUUUGCUGGUGUGGUAAGGAUAUGUUUCACAAAUAAUCUUAAACGUUUAAAACAAGAUGGGUUUGGGAAAUUAGUUUUUGAAUCUCUAGGGGUUUCUCUAGCAACUCACCAAUCAGGUGUGCUGGAAAUUUUGGUGGAAACAAGUAAUUUGAAAAGAAUUAGCAAGGUGCCAAGAUAAAGUCAGAAAUGGUGGUAGCUUCCUUGGUGAAGUCCUGAGGUAGAACCAUUUUGCUUCUUCUGAUAUUUGUAGAGGACGGUGGCGUUUCCUAAUUUUUAGGAAGCUGAAUGUUUCUAGAACUAGCUCUAAUUAUGCUGACCGUGCAUUUGCCAAGUAAAACUAGCUCUAAUGUGAAGGACUGAGGAGACGGUUAUGCUGGGUGUUAUAGCCAAGUUCAUCAUUGA